AUGGAACUUGUGACCAGCAAAGGAACCUCAUCUUCCCUUUUCACCCAUCAAUCCAAGAAAUUUAAUGUCUUCUUGAGUUUUACAGGUAUAGAUACCCGCCGUGGUUUUACAAGUCAUUUGUAUCAUGCUUUAUGCCAACAAGGUAUUGACACCUUCAUUGAUAAUGAUCUCAAAAAGGGAGAUAAAAUUUCUGAUGUGCUUAUCAACAUCAUUGAGAACUCAACCAUGUCAAUAAUCAUAUUUUCUGAAAACUAUGCAUCUUCCACUUGGUGUUUAGAUGAACUUGCUAAGAUUGUUGAGUGUAGGAACAAAAAUAACCAGAUAGUACAACCAGUUUUUUACAUGGUGGAGCCAUCAUAUGUUCGUUACCAAAGAGAAAAGUUUGAGGAAGCACUAACCAAGCAUGAACAAAGAUUUAAAAAUAGCGUACAAAGGUGGAGGGAUGCUCUACAUGAAGCAGCAGGUUAUUCUGGUUGGCACUUCAAGGUCAAUGACAGUUUUUAG